AUGGGUUUCGGAGAUUACCCUAAGGAAUAUAAUCCUGCUGUCCAUGGGCCGUACGACCCGGCUCGUUAUUAUGGCAAACCUGAUACUCCAUUCAGUCAAGUGAAACUGAAUGAGGUCGGUUCUUGGUUGGCUCGCAGGAAUAAGACCCCUUCUGCUAUGCUUGGCGCGUGCAGCCGAGCCUGGUGGAGGUGGCAACACAAGUAUGUGCAGCCCAAGAGAGUAGGCAUGGCCCCAUUCUUCCAGUUGCUGGUGGGCAGCAUGACUUUCUUCUAUGUUAUUAACUAUGGCAAAAUGAAGCACCACAGGAACUACAAAUACCACUAA